AUGGGAAUGAUGUACCUCAAAUUACUCAAAUCCAAAUUUCUACCCAAGUUUUUAGUCCUCAAUACCAGCAUCGUAAUUCUAUUAUGCAUUUUCUGCUUCUUCCACCACGUUUUUUUUUCAAGACUCAUUUCGAGUUUAAGCUUUGUGUACGUUGAUGUUGUAGUUUCUAGCGUUUUUAACGUUGAGUGUAGCUGUCACAACAAGAUCCUGUUUCCUUAUACCGGUUUCUCAUCAGCUUCAGCUAUCAGUUUCUUUAUCCUUACUUUGUACACACUGUUGGUCUAUUGCAUUUUUCUAACAUUGUUCGGUGUAAAAUCAGUGGUGUAUGCUCUUCGAGCCCCGAGCAUUGAUUUCACGAUUAGGUUUCCUCUUCUCUCGAUAGCAGAACUACUUCGCGGAUGCUUUGUUUCUUGAGUGAUUUAGUAGAACUGCAGGUAGCAUCAACAGCUCUUUUGACGGUUAGCUCGUGUAGCUUGUGUAGGAUGAGCCUGACGCGUCAUGGCUGCAGAUACUUAUGAUGAAUAUGUGAUUCCUUUUGACAUUGUGACUGUUUUUCUGUUCUUGAAAUUUUUUGACUGUAACCUAAAAACUUUAUCGCCAUACCACUAGUUUUUUCCGAAGCUGUAGACGAUGAACAGCAACCAAUGCUAGCGAAGCAAUACGCAAACGUAUACAAGUUUUUUCCGCGUAUGCAGCAAGGGCAAUAAGGCGUAUUGCGAUCAACUUGCACUAUUUCGUAGUUGUUUCUCAAAGAGAAGUGCGGGUGACUUUCUCUUUUGAACUUCUUUUUGCUUAUAUAAAAAUCUACUCUCAACGUCAACAACAGAUGAACUUGCAAGUUUGUAACUGUGAUUCAUCUGCUGGCGAAGAGCAUGAAGGUAUCUACGACAUCAAAAACUUGCACAAGUUGCAGGCGUUAUCUUCUGCCGAGUGGUAAGGCAGUUUGCGACUUGUUUCCUCACAGUGUGUUUCAGAUAUUUCAAGACGGGGCCGAUGCAUCAAUAUCAUGUUGCCGUCGAAUCUGAGCUAGUAAUACAUACUCGCC